CCUCUAAAACUACAUGGAAGAACGAACAAGAUCACGGAUGACAUCGUCCAACAUAGUUUUAGAACUUCCCUACGGAUAACAAGAAGAUCAAAAGCCAAGCCAUCGUAGUAGAUCCAAAUGCACAGUGUGAAUCUGCCUGAAUACGCAAAUCCAGUUCAUCUGUGGUCAGCAUCCGCAUCUGACGACGCGGAUAAGAGAUUGCGGGAAAGAGCACACACGCUGCGAGCAUUUCUCAAGUUUGUCCUGGACGAUUCCGACCAGGCUAGGCCUGUCAUGAAACGAAAAGAGGGAGCGCUCGCGCCAUUCGCGGCUCAGCCUCCACAGAGGGAGAAUGAACUCUUCAGACGAAGGUAACCUAGGCGUGACCUUGGUGGCAACGCUGUUCAUUCUGAGCAAGUCACUCCAGCCACUCGUAUAAUAUAAGGUGGAUUUGUCGAAGAAAACUGGGUGAUCUAUCUAGAGGUAGAAGAGUCUAGAUUUUGGCAUCUACAGCAUGACAGAGUCACAAGCGAGUGACGAGUUGGCUUGUCAUUUUUCUCGCGUUGGUUUGCAGCUAGAAGUGCUGCCGCUCUCAUUGAUUUGGUUGCGAAACGAAACCUUGAGGAGACGUGGAAGGCAAACCACUACGUGGUAGCGUAAUACUGAGCGGAGAGUCAUGCAGAGCCUGGAGAAGGUGCGAAUCCAUCCUAAAAGAUGGGUGUCCCGCUCGUGGACGAUGUAUCUGUUUGUCAUGUUCUAGGCGGUAGACGGAAUACACCUAUCAUGAAUCCCUCAUAGGUUAACGCGGGG